UGGCAUUCAAGAAUAUCUUCAAUUAAUUCUAGAAUAUACAAAAUCAAACUAUAAUGGCUUGAAACCGAACGGAGGAGAAGACGAGGACCGACCCGUGCUGGCAACCAUGAACGUCGUGAAGAUAUUGGCGAUCGUCGUUGUGACUUCCGUCGUGACGCUCCUGUGCAUCCGUUCCGGUCAAGCGAUGUCCAAGACCCCUGGAACCGUUUACAACAAGACCGGCGACAAAUCGGAUCCCCGGGACCGAGGGAAACUUUCGUCGGUGACCGUGACUUCCAACACCAUCACGCCGAAAGCGGCAGACGGCCCGGUUGACGGACAGCAGGAAGUUCGGACAAUCGUCCACGUCGUAACCCCGGAACCGAACCGAGAACAGAAAUUGAAGAACGAAAACCAAACAACCACUACUAUUACUGCUGAACCCUUACAGCUGGCCACCAGCAGGUCUAUAACCACCGGGUCAAUCGGCGAAAAUCACAUCAGGUUACUCGGACCUUUGGUGUCCGGCAGGAGAGCGUCACCAAUAGUAGUCCGGGGAAAGUUGAUAGGACAAAUACCGCACCCGUCCAACCAUCGAGGCAGUAAUGGCGUUUCCGUCGUGGACGACGACGAUGACGAUAACGAGGCCGAUAUUAUCGUCGACGCCGAUGUGUAUCACUUGAACAAUAGACAAAUGGGCCACAGCGAUUACUCGGCCGUCGACACGGACAUAUCAGUGGCCGAAGAAGACGGCUCGACCGGCUACCACGAUUCGUACGACGUGGGCUACAACAACAGGCCGAUCGGUAACCCCAACGACGGGACCGGAUGGAGCCCGGCCGGCCAGCCGGGAGGUUACGGUGCGGGCGUGGUGCCGACCAUGGGCCGGCCGCCGUACGGCAUGGCGGCGCCGUAUCCGUAUCCAGCCGGCCAGAUAGUGGCGCCCGGUUACAAGCAUCACGUGACGUACAACAGCAACAUGCCGCCGGCGUACGCGAACAGCCACCGCCCCGCUGGACAGUACAACAUGCAAAGCAACUUGCACCAACAGGUGCAGAUGAUGUACGACAAAGUUGACUGGCACAAGGUCGGCAUACUGGCGCUGGUCAAGCUCGGCCUGGCCAAGCUCAAGGCGUUCGGGUUUCUCAAGAUCCUGUUCCUGCUGGUGUUCAAGCUCAAGAUGUUCCUGAUCGCAAUGUUUUUCAAGUUCCUGUUGAUCGCCAAGCUGAUGAAGCUGUUCAAGUUGCUCAUGUUACCGCUCGUCCUGAUAACGCUACUGCCGUUAAUCAUGUCGCUGUUCUCGGCCCCGAUGCUCGUUGGCGGGAUCCUGUCCAUCCCGAGACGCAUAAUCGAAUUUCUAACAGAACCGAUGUACGUACCAGCGGCGGCCACCGCGGCCACCAAACUAUACACGGAUCCCACCGCGCUUCCAGGCACGGUGGUCGGAAAAAACGGAGGUCUGCUGCCGUCGCUAAAUAAACCCGAAGACUCGCCGGUGCACGAUAAGCGCCGGUUGGAGAUGUUGGAGCUCUUCGACCCAGCCCUGACCGUAUUCCAGAAGGUGUUGGACUCGGAAAAGUGCGUGGAAAGAAUAGCAUGUCGGAUGGCAGUUGUGGAAAAGACCGGCAUACUUCCAGUUUGGAUUAAUUGGAUGCUUUAUCGAGUAUCAAAGGUUAUUCCAAAUGAUAAACUACAAUCUUAUCUCAAAGCGUAUUCCGAUGUAAAUAAUGUGAUUUACAACAAGUCGGAUAAUCCUGAAAAUUGGGCAACAUGGUGCUCAGAUCGAUACGACUGCAAUAUUACUAACACUACUAAUACGGCAACAAAUGUGAUAGAUGCAGUAAAAUAAUUACAAUAAUAAUUCAUCAUCAUUAGUAUUUGGUGUAUUCUUCUCGUUUGGUUUAUUCAACAGUUUGUUAAAAUAUGUAAAUUCUAAGAGUAGAUUUUAAACAAUGAUGUCUUGUACAUAUUUUAAUUUAACACAAAACAUUUUCCCACGAAAAACGUUUAUUCCUAUUAGAUUUAAUUUGUAAUUAUAUUGUAGAGUUAUGUACUUAAAUUAUAAUAUAUAUGCUCAUAAUAGUACACAAUGGUGUUAUUAUGUACUCAAU